CUCCCACCACCAAGAACGAGGUGUCGCAACAUCCCCGCAACAAGCAACCAUGUCGCGUCCCUUCGACUAUGCGCCUGACCGGCCGGAACACAUCGAUCAGAUCCUCAAUGGCCUCGACCGGUACAAUCCCGAGACAACGGCUGUUUUCCAGGACUAUGUGAUGCAGCAGUGCGAGAAUCAGACGUACGACUGCUACGCGAACCUGGCUUUGUUGAAGCUAUACCAGUUCAACCCUCACUUAGCUCGCGAUGAGACCAUUACCAACAUCCUCGUCAAGUCCCUUACCGUCUUUCCUAACCCCGACUUCUCCCUCGCCCUCUCGCUUCUUCCCACUCACACACUGGCACCUCUCUCCUCUGCCGCACACACUCCCGCCGCUGGAGAUGCGCCGCUAUCUGAGGCAGUGCAGAAGCUGAACAUCUUGAACAACCUGCUGGGCGGAGCAGACUAUGCGGCGUUCUGGAGCACGCUGGACUCGGACGACCUCUAUGCGGAUCUGGUGGCCGAUGUCUCUGGUUUCGAGGAGUUGAUGCGGGUGCGGAUUGCAGUGACUGUGAGCCAAGCGAUACGGGAAAUCGAGAGAAGCAUCCUGGAGUCGUGGUUGAACCUGCAGGGCAAGGAGUUUGAGCACUUCGUCGGGACGGUAUGCGGAUGGGAGAUUGACGGUACCAAGGUCAAGGUGCCGCUGAACAAGGAAAAUGAGGCCAAGGGCACGGUAGUCAGGGAAAACGUCAAGUUUGAUCAAUUUGGCAGGGUAAUCAGGAGGGCUUUCGAACAACCUGCGUAGAAGCAGGGCAACGACAAUCAUGUGUCACGUUUGAAAUGAUGGUAUUUUGCAUGGAGACCCGGUCACUGGACCGGGCUACGGCGUUGGAGAGGAUUCCUGGACGGGAACGGGACCGGCAGGUGUUCAUG